CCCCGCCCGCCGCACGGCAUUGAGAGGAUUGCAGUGGCAUUCUAAGGUCAUUUAAAAUCAUGACAAGCUCAGUCGGACAGAAGAAAGUCUCCUCCAGACAAAGGAAGUGUGGGUUCUGUCGGUCGAAUAAAGAUAACGAAUGUGGGCAGUUGCUGAUGUCGGAGAACCAGAAGGUGGCGGCACAUCACAAGUGUAUGCUGUUCUCAUCCGCACUGGUUUCUUCACACACUGAUAAUGAGAGUCUUGGUGGAUUCUCUAUUGAAGAUAUUCAGAAAGAAAUAAAGAGAGGCACAAAAUUGAUGUGCUCUUUGUGCCACUGUCCUGGAGCGACCAUUGGCUGUGAUGUGAAAACGUGUCACAAGACAUAUCACUACUACUGUGCUUUGCAUGAUAAAGCUCAGAUAAGAGAGAAACCUUCACAAGGCAUUUACAUGAUUUUAUGUCGAAAACACAAGAAAACUACGCAUAACUCUGAAGCAGAUUUAGAAGAAAAUAUCAAUGAACAUGAAUUGGAGCCCUCACCUCCCAAAGGAAAAAGGAGGGGUCGUAAGGGAAAGCCAAGAAAAACAAAUUUAAAAGGGCAAUCAGAAGACACUAGAUCUACGUCCUCACAUGGCACAGAUGAAAUAGAAAGCAGUUCCUAUAGAGACAGGUCUCCCCACAGAAGCAGCCCCAGUGAUACAAAACCUAAAUGUGGAUUCUGUCAUGCAGGUGAAGAAGAAAAUGAAGCUAGAGGAAAGCUUCAUAUAUUUAAUGCCAAAAAGGCUGCAGCACACUAUAAGUGCAUGUUGUUCUCUUCUGGCACUGUCCAGCUAACAACAACUUCAAGGGCAGAAUUUGGUGAUUUUGAUAUCAAAACUGUACUUCAAGAAAUCAAGAGAGGAAAAAGAAUGAAAUGCACACUCUGCAGCCAGCCUGGUGCUACUAUUGGGUGUGAAAUCAAAGCCUGCAUAAAAACAUACCAUUACCACUGUGGAGUAGAAGACAAAGCUAAAUACAUCGAGAACAUGUCACGAGGAAUUUAUAAACUCUAUUGUAAAAACCAUAGUGGAAAUGAUGAAAGAGAUGAAGAGGAUGAAGAAAGAGAAAGCAAAAGCCGUGGCAAAUCAGGCACUGACCAUAAUGACAUUCCUCAGCAGCAGCUCAAUGGAAACUAGGGUUUUGACUUGUUUCACUCUGAACUCCCAACAAAACUUCUGGAUUUGAAGGAAGGAAACAAGCAAAAGACACUGAUUUGACUAUAAACUGCUACAGUUCUUCUGUGAUUAGUAUUGCAAAAACGGUUCAAAUGUAACAUGAGUUUCUGUAGCAUUUUUUACUUGUAUUUUUAAAAGAUUUAACGUGUGUCAUUUGUCUUCUUAUGCAUUCCCUUAAUGUCUUGAGGGACUCAAUUACUGUAUAUUGGAGUUUCUAACAUUUUACCUGUUAGAAUUCAAUCAAUUCUGUUUGCUUUCCUGGAGAAUAAUCCCGUUUGGAAAGAAAUAUUGCUGUGUACAGAAAAUAUUCAGUUACUGCUCUAAACAUGAUGCCAUUGCUCAUUUUUAUUUUGUAUUUGUAACUUUCAAAAUUAAAAGCGUGACUUGAAUUGCAAUGACAGAUCGAUUAUUGAAAUUGUCUAUCAAGGUGUUUUGUUUUUCCUAGAACAUGAACAUUUUUCAGCCACUCAGAACAGUUUUAGAAUGCAAAAUAUCAUCCUUCAAUAUUUAAAUUACUUCAGUUUGUGCCUCAGACAUGGCCCUCCCAUGGAAAAAAGGCACUUUGUUUGCAGCUACUGUAUUUAACUAAGUUUGCAUGGGGUAGAUCUGCCAGCAUACUGACUGUACUCAAGACUGAGCUCUAAUUCAUUGUGUCAGUGGCUUAGUAUAAUAUUCAGUCAAAUAACUCAUCUGUUAUGGAUAAAUUAACCCAUUCCUUGCCUUGAAGAACCAGAACAGCACUUUACCCUCAGGUAGCAGAAAAGCGAGUGGCUGGUUUCCCUGUUACCCUGAGUGCUGAAAUGGCCUGGUGAUACUGUCAUCAAUUCAGAAUUCAUGGAAGCAAAGUCAAAAGCAAAAACCUUUUCUUACAAGCCUCAAACUUGUCAUAACUGACUUCAACUCAUGUAUGCUGGGUAAAAGUGCCUUACAAUGUAAAAAUUGUAUUUAUAUGUUCCCAAGUAGCAUCACCUGCUGGGGAGUAAUUCUGUUGUGGUGUUAAUAUUUAGAAGAAAUGUACCUCAGCAGUGUAUUUACUGUACAUCUCUUACAUCCUUAAUUGUAGUUUUAAAAAGCAUGACAAUGUAUCAUAGUAUACAACAUUUACAUCAUUUUUUUAAAAGACAAAAUACUGCCAUUACUGUCUUUUUAUGUGUAUUUUAGCUUGGAAUUUCAGACAGUCUCUCUGAAUUUUUGGGGGUUUGUUUAGGUUUGCAGGGUUUUUUUGGUAAAGCAAUGUAAUCUUUGCAAGCAUAUAUUGAAGAUUAUUCUGGAGCAUCUACUGCCUUCCCAGAAAUGUUAGAAGUAAUGAAAGUGCUCUAUAGGUGAACUAGGUAUGUUUAAAUUAGCUAGUUAAAUUAAUACAGUCAAUUUGUUACUGAGAUUUUUUUUUACUAGGCACCUUCUGCUUUCAUCUCACAAUCAGAGAAUUCAAUGUCAUGAAUUCAACAAAACUUGUCUUAAAAAACUGGUUUCACUUUAAUUUUUUAAAUUUUAUUUUAUUAUUGUUACUUUUUGCCUUUGGGCAUUUCUUUUGCUCACAAGAGGAUUGUGUGCUGUUUAAGAUGCCUGGAACCCUCUGAGAAAGGAGGUUUCUCCCCAGCUCCUUGCACCUCUCCAUUAAGAGAUCUCCCCAACUCACUGUGGUCUCAUAGAUCUGUGGUUCUGCUAUUCCCAGAAGGACUGUGCCAAGGAAGGACAGGCAUCAUAAGGAUCCUGUUCAGAUAUCUUGAGGAUACAGCUGGUGCAAUGCCAGAGUCCCAAGGUCAAACCCCCUGUAGCAGUGGCUGUGUUGUCCAGGGCAGGGGGAAAGGGCUGGUUCAGUGUCAGUGCAGCUCCCGAGCAUGAACUGAGCAGAACAACUGCUCCUUCAGCAGCGUUGCUCCACAGGAGGUUCUGUGAUAAGGCUCUAGUAGGAGCCACACCUACACUUCACAAAGUCUCAGCUUCAGGUAUAAAGAGCUCUGCUGAUCUACAGUGGUUUGAGUCUGUCAAAUCUGGUCCUAAAAUGUAAUGAAACAGAGAGUUUGCCUCUUACUCCUGCCUAUAGCAAAAAGAACUUCAUGCUAAAACAGAGUGAAAAAUUAAGAGGUGAUAAUCUAUUUGAAAUAUCAGACUUAUCUGACAGGUGAUAAUCAGUGCAUUCCAAAAAUAUUAAUACGCUGAAUCAGAUUGACAAGAAAAUUAAUCCUCAUUAGAUUAAAUUAAUCUGAAGAGAACCGAAAGGGCAUGAUAGCAAUUAGUAACUCUUCUUCCAUGUCACCACAGUCAGAUUCCACUAUAUUAGUGAUGGAGGUGAAAAAACAGAACACAGGCCUUGAUUUAUAUACUUGGUGAAGCAGUUCCUAUACAUGCAUAUGUAUGCACAGCCAUUAGUCUGCAGUGACAUCUCAGCCCUUAACGAAUCCUGGAGAGCUGUUGCUUGUCAAAGCACUCAGGUUAGGCCAACGUUUGCAGCUUUUGCUCUAGCAUAUACUUACAUUAGGUGUAAAGACAAGGAAUGUAUGGAAGAGGGUAAAUGCAUUCCUAUCUACAAUGUUAUGUAUAUUUUGUUCCUGUUAUAUUGGCUUUACUUCCAAAGUUGUAGUUUGCAGUAUUAGUUUCUUUUUAUUGGUAUCCUUGCAUAUAUAUAUUCAAUAAAUGAGUUAUGAAUUUCA